UUCAUUUUAAUUCAAUUGAAGCAAAAGUGACAGUCAAAGAGGAAGCAAACUAUUCCUUUACUAAAAAAAAAAAGAAAAAAAAAGAAGUAAAUUGUUCUUCCAAUAUAUUCGCCGGAGAAAUUUAACUCAACUGAGGAUUUUUUUCUUCGACGGUGGUGUAGAUUUUGUAAAAAUGAGUAGCUUGGUGGAGCGGCUUCGUGUAAGAUCGGAGCGCAGACCUGUGUAUAGCCUCGAUCUGUCUGAUGAUGAAGCUGACCUUGGACGUGGAAAAUCAGGAGACCCUUCAGAGAAGCCUGAGAGGAUAGUUAGAGAAGAUACAAAAGAAGAUUCAUGUCAAUCAUGCGGAGAAAGCGGAGCUUUGAUUGAUUGUGAAACCUGUACUUAUGCUUAUCACCCAAAGUGCUUAGUUUCACCGCUGAAAGCACCCUUCCCUGCUAGUUGGAAGUGUCCUGAAUGUGUUAGUCCUCUUAUUGACAUUGAGAAAAUAUUGGACCAUGAAGUGUGCCCUACUGCAGUUGAGGAUGGUGACUCCUCUACACCGGGUUCGAAUCAAAUAUUUGUCAAGCAAUACCUUGUAAAGUGGAGGGGAUACUCCUACUUGCAUUGCUCAUGGGUGCCUGAGAAAGAGUUUAUAAAAGCCUUUAAAACUCUUCCACGUCUCAGGACCAAAGUGAAUAACUUCCAUAGACAAAUGUCAUCAUCUAACAAUUCAGAAGAUGACUAUGCUGCUAUUCGAUCCGAAUGGACUACUGUUGAUCGGAUCCUCGCCUGCAGAGGAGAUGCUGAUGAAAAGGAGUAUUUUGUGAAGUGGAAAGAACUGCAGUAUGAUGAGUGUUCAUGGGAAUCCGAGUCAGAUAUAUCAGCUUUUCAGCCUGAAAUUGAAAGGUUUCAGAACAUACAGUCCAGGCGCCGUAGACAUUCUAAUAAGCUGAAAUGUAAUUUUGAUUCAACAGAAUCCCAUAAGAAACAGAAAGAAUUUCAACAGUAUGAACAGAGUCCUGAAUUUCUUUCUGGAGGCUCUUUGCAUCCUUAUCAACUCGAAGGGCUGAACUUUUUACGUUUCUCAUGGUCCAAACAGACGCAUGUGAUACUUGCUGAUGAAAUGGGUCUUGGCAAAACUAUUCAGAGUAUUGCUUUCUUGGCAUCGCUGUUUGAAGAAGGAGUUUAUCCCCAUUUAGUGGUGGCGCCAUUGUCAACGCUGCGUAAUUGGGAACGUGAAUUUGCACUUUGGGCACCUCACCUGAAUGUUAUUAUGUAUGUUGGUUCUGCACAAGCUCGUGGUGUUAUACGUGAAUAUGAAUUUUAUUAUCCUAAAAAGUCUCUCUCUAAAAAGCUUAAAAAAAAGAAAUCUGGUCAGCUUUCUAGUGGAAGCAAACAAGAUAGGAUAAAAUUUGAUGUCCUCCUCACCUCAUAUGAAAUGAUUAACCUAGAUUCUGCAUCUCUGAAGCCAAUUACAUGGGAAUCUAUGAUUGUGGAUGAGGGCCACCGUCUCAAAAACAAGGAUUCAAAAUUAUUUCUUCAGUUAAAGCAGUAUCAUAGUAAACACCGUGUGCUUCUAACCGGAACUCCUCUUCAGAACAACCUUGAUGAGCUAUUCAUGUUGAUGCACUUUCUUGAUGCUGGAAAGUUUGGAAGUUUAGACGAGUUUCAGGAAGAGUUUAAAGAUAUUAACCAAGAGGAACAAAUUUCACGGCUUCACAAGAUGCUAGCGCCUCAUCUUCUUAGAAGGGUGAAGAAAGAUGUUUUGAAGGAGAUGCCACCUAAGAAAGAACUCAUCUUACGUGUUGAACUUAGUAGUAAGCAAAAGGAAUAUUAUAAGGCAAUUUUGACCCGUAACUAUGAGCUUCUGACUCGUAAGGGAGGUGGGCAGAUUUCUCUUAUCAAUGUGGUUAUGGAGUUGCGGAAGUUAUGUUGUCAUCCAUACAUGUUGGAGGGUGUUGAGCCAGUCAUACCAGAUUCAAAUGAGUCUUUCAAGCAGCUGCUUGAAUCUUCUGGAAAACUGCAGUUGUUGGACAAAAUGAUAGUGAAACUCAAGGACCAAGGACACAGAGUUCUCAUAUAUUCCCAAUUUCAGAACAUGCUGGACAUACUUGAAGAUUAUUUGCUGUACAAGAAAUGGCAAUAUGAACGCAUAGAUGGCAAGGUCAGCGGAUCUGAGAGACAAAUUCGCAUAGACAGAUUCAAUGCCAAGAACUCAAACAGAUUUUGCUUUUUGCUGUCUACAAGAGCAGGAGGUUUAGGGAUAAACCUUGCAACGGCUGACACUGUUAUAAUCUAUGAUAGCGAUUGGAAUCCACAUGCUGAUUUGCAGGCAAUGGCCAGAGCUCACCGGCUGGGGCAAACUAAUAAGGUCAUGAUUUAUAGACUCAUAACUAGAGGAUCGAUUGAAGAAAGAAUGAUGCAAAUGACUAAAAAGAAGAUGGUGUUGGAGCAUUUAGUUGUGGGGAAGUUGAAGACUCAAAACAUCAAUCAGGAAGAGUUAGAUGACAUCAUUAGAUAUGGCUCAAAAGAGCUUUUUGUUGAUGAAACUGAGGAGGCAAAGGCCCGUCAGAUUCAUUAUGAUGAUGCUGCCAUAGAUAGAUUACUUGACCGGGAGCGUGCUGGAGAUGAAGAAACUACCCUGGAUGAGGUUGAUGACAAUGAGUUCCUUAAAGCAUUUAAGGUGGCAAAUUUUAAGUAUAUUGAUGAAGCUGAAGCUGCUGCAAAGGAAGAGGCACAGAAGGCUGCUGAGUCUAAAAGUGCUAUGAAUAGUUCUGACAGAACCACUUACUGGGAGGAUUUAUUAAAAGAUAGAUAUGAGGUGAACAAAGUUGAGGAGUUCAAUUCUUUGGGAAAAGGAAAGAGAAGCCGCAAGCAGAUGGUUUCUGUUGAAGAUGAUGACUUGGCUGGUUUACAAGACGUUAGUUCUGAUGGUGAAGAUGACAACUAUGAGGCUGAGUUGACUGAUGGUGAGACAACUUUAUCCGGAGCACCUUCUGGCAAAAGGCCGUACAGAAAGAGAGCUCGAGUUGAUGGUAUGGUAGCUUUUCCACUGAUGGAAGGUGAAGGCAAGUCAUUCAGAGUGCUGGGUUUUAAUCAGAGCCAGAGAGCUCUAUUUGUGCAAGUUCUGAUGAGAUUUGGGGUUGGUGAGUUCGACUGGUCAGAGUUUGUGCCGCGGUUGAAGCAGAAGACUUACGAGGAGAUAAAAGAAUAUGGACUUCUAUUUUUGUCUCAUCUCGCAGAGGAAAUUAGUGAUUCACCAAACUUUUCUGAUGGUGUUCCAAAGGACGGACUUCGAGUUCAAGAUGUUCUUGUGAGAAUUGCAGUUUUGCUCUUGAUUCGUGAGAAGGUGAAAUCUGCAACAGAAAGGUCAGAUGAAUCCUUGUUUGAAGAUGAUGUACUUUUGCGUUAUCCAACACUGAGAGGCGGAAGGGUCUGGAAGAGAGAGCACGACCUGAUAUUACUACGAGCAGUGUUGAAGCAUGGGUAUGGAAGAUGGCAAGCUAUUCUUGAUGACAAGGAGUUGCAGAUUCAGGAUAUCAUCUGUCAGGAAUUGAAUCUUCAAGUGAUAAGUCUUGCAAAUCUUCCAAUUGGGAGUAAUCAGGCUCAAAAUGGAUCACAAGUGGUUAAUGAACCUUCUGGUGACUUGACAAAGGGUACUGUAAGUCAAAAUGGUUCAGCUCCUGAGCCAGCAUCAGGGGGUACAGAUGCCUUUGCUUUAUUAUAUCAGUUCAGGGAAAUGCAGAGAAGACAAGUCGAGUUCAUUAAAAAAAGGGUGCUGCUUUUAGAGAAGGGCUUAAAUUCUGAAUUCCAAAACGAGUACUUAGGUGAUGAGAAAUCUCAUGGUGCUGGUGAUGAAGGUCCUGAAAAUGCCAACAAAGCAGCAGGCAUGACUACCAAUGCUGACCUUGUUGCUAAACUUGUGAACAAGCCUCUGCAUGUAGAAGUGCUUGCUACAGAAGAAAUAACUUCUGCUACUUGUGGUACUGAUCCUAGACGCCAGCGACUGGCUGAGCAUUAUAAUCAGACACAUUACCAGCUAGAAGAGAAUCAUGGAAAGGUCAAUCAAAUAUUUACCGAACCUCAGAAUCAUCCGACUCAUCAUGGACCUGAAUCGAAGGAUCGGCAGCAGUACGAUGAAGCUCUGAGAUCUAAUUCUUUUACUCAUUCUAGGGCAGAGAACAUGGAGGUUCAAGCGCAGCAAGCUAGUGUCCAAGAUGUUAAAAUGGCUGAUGCAGUGGAUGCAAACUCAGGCCAAAGAUAUCCGUCGACUCAUUGAUCCACCCAGAAAGGAGAAGGAAAACCGAGUGAAGUUAGACGACUCGUUUGUGUAUCCCAUUUCCUUCUCAAUGCAGUUUAUCGACUGAUCUACAGCAGCUAGCCUGCUGUACCAUCAAUAUUGUAAAAUGCAGGAUCGUUCUAACUUGAAUGGUGGAUGUAAAUGUAGUUAUGUUUGAUUAAGUUGAUCAAUUCAAUCUAAACGCAGUAGGAUGGGUCUAGGUCUGUCAAUUUUGUUGGUCAGAUUUGACCCAUCAUAAAUUUACUAAUUAUUUAUUCUUAACAAUAUAAAAUAGCUAAAAAAAUAACAAUGCAAUUUUUGUAUUAGUAGUUCUAUGUUGAAUAUGGCGACAUUAUUAGUGGUUCUAUGUGAAUAUGGGUGAUCAUUUAUCACAUAAAAUUGAUAAAUUCAUGAGACAGGAUUCUACUCGAGUUGGUUUUAAUUACCUUGAGUUCGAAAAAAUUGCUCAUAAUAAUUCAAUUUAUUUUAAAUGAUACAAGUCUUGAAUAAGAAUCUACAACGCACUAGAACGCCCUUGUUGACGAUCCUUUACUCCGACAGCAUCUAGGGUUCCUCGAACAAUGUGAUAUCUCACACCGGGUAAAUCUUUAACCCUUCCCCCUCUUACUAAGACUACAGAAUGUUCUUGUAAAUUAUGGCUAAUACCAGGUAUAU